AUGUCGGUCCCACCGCAAGUGAUUCACGUCAAGCGCAAACGGACUGAAGAAGGGCCUGUCGCCUUCCUGCGCCUCGAGGAGAACAACAAGCGAUACCGGAGCAGCGCGGGCACCUUUCUCUACAAGCGCAAUGAUCCCACAGCCGUCGAGGCUCCCGCCCCGGCCGAGACACGGGACAUCAGGCCUGUCAUACAUGUAUCGAAGCCCGGCGACGAGGAGGAGAGGCCGCCCGUCGUCAAGACGGCAAGGGCUGCGUCCGGCACAGACGCGCAGCAGCAGCAGCAGCGGGCGCACAAGCCAAUUGCUUCGCCGCGGGCCAUCAGCACCUCGGCUGCAGCCAAGAGGUUAGCAGGAGGCGCGGCGACGACGACGACGACGACGGGAGGAGGGGGCCAGCGCAGGUUUCAUCUGUCGAGGAGCUCGACGCCGGCCACGCCCCCGCCCGUCUUGGGCUCGGGAGGUGUCAACAAGAGGUCGCGCUACGCCUCGCCAGCCGUCUUUGUGGAGCGGGGCAAAAGAAAGAAGGCGACCGCCGCGGGAAAGGCCCUGGAGAAGCAAGUAUCAGGGCUCGAUCUCAGAUCUGGCGGGCCUAGGUCUCCCUCCCCGCCGCCGCCCGAGAGCAUGGAUGUCGAGCAGCAGAAGGGGCCGCCGGCCCGGCUGCCCAAGAGGCCAGGAUCCAAGAUGGCCGGCUCCAGGGUCGCGUCGGCGGCCGCUGGACCACCAGAAGCAAGCGGCGGCUUGCCAAAGUCUCUGCUCAACCGGUGGGAGGUGGACACGGACGAGCUGGCGCGCGAGAUGAAUGAGUACACUCUGAAACAGAUUGGCCUCAAUCUCGCACGGAUCGAGGCCGAGGACAGCAAACGGGCCGCCUCGGCAAAGCCCGCUGCUGCGACCACAACCACUCCACUUUCGCCGCCCAGGAAACCUUCCUCGUCGUACCUGAGGGGUUUCAAGCCAAAGUCUCCUGCCGCCAAAAAGCCGUUGGGCCUGUCGGAACCAGAAGGCACAGAAACGGCAGCGGCAGCGCCAAGACAGCAGACUCAAGACGUGGUGGAUGUGGACAUGGCUGAGGAAGGCGAUAGUCCCGAGAGCGACGAGGAAGAUGACGAUGAGGAGGAUUACGUCACAGAGACCUACUACAGGGUUCCUGAGCAGGUCCUCGACGCGGCUGACAUCAACCCAGAGCAUGUCGGCCUCCUGGUGUUCGAUACGGAGCCCGACGUCGAGUUCUUCUACGGCAACGAGAGCGAGAGCGAGGAGGACUGGGAGCCCGACGAAGAUGAGAACGGGUGUGGCUACACCACAGCUGAAAACUAUUAUACGGCCGACUACCCCGAUGAUGAAGUCGCGUCUGAUGAUGAGUACGACCAGAAUGCCUACCAUUACCGCACCGGUAACGCUUCGGACCUGGAGGAGUUUGAUGAUGACGCGUUCAGCGGCGACGAGGAUAAUGGAGGAUUCAAGAUCACGAUCGGAGGCAAGAAGUCCUCCAACAUGUAUUGA